UUAAAUCCAUACCGGCGCUUUGUCAUUUGUUACCUAACCAUCUCUCUCUCUCCCCCUCCCCUGCGCGUGUGGUCCGGUUGUAUUUAUGAAGGCUUCCGCUCGCGGCGGUAGCCUGCAACCCCUGCCCGGCUGUGCCCUUCUUCUGCUCUGUCCAAAGCUAACGGAUUCUUCUGUCACGCUGCACGUCUAAAGCUGCCACUCUCUGCAGGCCACUGCCACACCAGCUCUCUGCUUCUCUACUUCAUAUAUUGCCAGCGUUCCGCUGGGCACCUUGCACUCGCAUGUGCUGCGCCAUGGCAGCAAGGGGGGCCUUCCACGCCGCGUCGCCGGCGCCGGCCUCCGUGCCGGCCUCGCCGCUGCCGUCCAGUAAGAACGCCACGGGCGGCGGGCUCGCUAACCUGCAGUGGCUGCUCAGGAAGCGCGCCAACCGGGUGCGCCACGGCCUGCCCUUCGAGACGCAGCAGCAGCGGGACGACGACGACGAGUGCGCCUCCAUGUUCGCCGGCGCCACGCCGUACGUCGCGGCCAGCGGGGACCACGCAGAGCCGCCGGGCGGGGCGAGGCGCCGCGUCGGCGGUGGCGAGGCGCUGUCGCGGCUCCGCUCCGCGAUCCUGGCCGUGCUGGCGCGCGCGCGCCGCGGCGGGCGCCGGCGGGCGGCGAUGGCGGGCUCCUCCGUCACCGGCACCAUCUUCGGCCGCCGCCGCGGGCGCGUGCACCUAGCGCUGCAGGCCGACCCGCGCGCCCCGCCCGCGCUCCUCGUCGAGCUCGCCGCCUACUCCACCGGCGCGCUCGUCAGGGAGAUGGAGUCCGGCCUCGUCCGCCUCGCGCUCGAGUGCGAGAAGCAGCCGCCGCCGCCGUCUCCGCACCACCAGCAGACACCAGGUAGUAAUAAUCACAUUUCAGGUGACCACCAGAGGCGGCCGCGGCGGGCGCCGGCGCCGGCGCUGGUGGAGGAGGCGACGUGGCGCGCCUACUGCAACGGCCGCAAGUGCGGGUACGCCGUGCGCCGGGAGUGCGGCGCGGACGAGUGGCGGGUGCUGCGCGCCGUGGAGCCCGUCUCCGUGGGCGCCGGCGUGCUCCCGGACGGCAACGCCGCGACGGGCGCCACCGGCGGCGAGGGCGACCUCCUGUACAUGAGGGCCAGGUUCGAGCGCGUGGUGGGGUCCAGGGACUCGGAGGCGUUCUACAUGGUGAACCCCGACGGCGGCGGCGGGCCCGAGCUCAGCAUCUACCUCCUCAGGGUCUAGCUACUCUAGUCUUCUAGAAUCAAGAGGGCCGGCAAAUUAAAGAUGCUUCUAAUUUGUUUGCAAGUUUUUCUUUUUUGCUUAAAUGCUUGUGCAUGCUGAUUGCUAUGGAGAUGCAUGGGGGCUGUGCAUGUUUGGUUGUUUUGAUUGGUGGCUACUAUGUGAAAUAUUGAGGGUUAAUCUGAUUGUGUUAAUUAGCUAAGUAGCUAGCUUUACUUAAUUACAUAUCGAUUAAGUUUGGUUUCUUGUUAACUUUAGUAGGUUACAGCUUGCUGUACUGUGCAAUAAUGUUGUUUAAGAGUAAGCUAUA